AUGGAUAAAAACGAUACAUUUUUUCUAAACUAUCAUUCUGACAACGGAACUGGUACUGUGAUUGUUCAUAAUGGUACUACCGAAGAUAAUAUUCGCAACAUUUUUCACAAGCUUUUGAUUAUUGUUUUGUAAGUUUAUUUUAACAGUCACUUUAUAUAUUAAUAAUGUUUGUGUAUCAUUAUUAAAAUGUUUUUUAUAAAUUUUUUCUCGAAGGGUCUAUACGGUUUUUAUACAUUAAAAGUUUAAUUUUCAGUUUUGUUGCUCUGUUUGUGUUCAUAACUUGUCAGCUUGUGGAGUUGUGUCGAAAAAAGAGGACCUAUCGUACUGAUAAAAUGUUGGAAAUGCGACUAGCAUCGAACGAAAAGGUGUGA